AUGGCGUUGCUUAUUCCAGGACCUAAAUCACUAGGAAAGGACUUUGAUGUGUUUUUAGAGCCUCUUAUAGAAGAUUUGCUUGAUCUUUGGAAAGGUGUGCCUACUUAUGAUGCCCUUACUGGCAAAACAUUUAGCCUUCGUGCUGUAGUUCUUUGGUGCAUCCAUGAUUACCCAGCUCUGAGUACUCUUUCAGGGCGUACCACAAAGGGCUAUUUUGCAUGUAUCCAUUGUGACAAGCACCCUCUUUCCUACGGGCUAAGGAGCAAGACUGGAUAUUUUGGGCACGUUCGAUUCCUUCCAAAGGGACACCGUUUGCGGAGAAACAAUGAGUAUGUUGGACUUCAUGAAAGUGAUGACCCACUAGAGAAAUUCACUAUAGAAGAGCUGCUAGCUGAAUUGCAGAAAGUUAGAGAUGUUAGACCUGGGAAGCAACAAGAAACUGGGAAGAGGAAGCGUUCUAAAAUGGAAGCGGGUCGUGUGCGAAUUUGGAGCCGAAUGGUUAGUUUAUGGAAGUUGCCGUAUUGGAAAUUUUUGAAGCUGAGGCAUAAUCUUGAUGUCAUGCAUAUUGAGAAAAACAUAUGCGAGGCCCUCAUUGGGACAAUUCUGAACAUACUUGGGAAGACAAAGGAUAUAGCUAAAGCAAGGCUUGAUCUGAAAGAUUUGGGAAUUAAAAAGGAGCUGCAAUUUAGAGAUGAUGGAGAAUCAUGUGAGAUGCCCCAUGCUCGGUACACCUUAUCCACAAGAAAUAAGAAGGCCUUUUGUGAUUUUCUCCGGAAGGUGAAAUUUCCAGAUGGAUUUGCUUCUAACAUCUCAAGAUGUGUAAAUGCUGAGGGAACGAAGGUACAAGGGCUGAAAACACAUGAUUGUCACAUUCUUUUGCAAAGAAUCUUACCAGCUGCUAUGAGAGGAUUUUUGGACAAUGAUAUUUAUGAAUCAAUAGCGGAGUUAGGGAAGUUUUUCAGGGAACUAUGCAGGAGAAAGCUUAACAAGGAUGUAUUGGUUGAAAUGAAGAAAGAGAUCCCUAUAAUUUUGAUGAAGCUUGAGAAAAUUUUCCCCCCGGCAUUCUUUGAUGUGAUGAUGCACCUUGCUGUCCAUCUACCUGAUGAGGCAUUACUCCGAGGUCCUGUGCAAUUUGGUUGGAUGUACCUGAUUGAAAGGAGGCUUUACACUUUGAAGUGCUAUGUGAGGAAUAGGGCUCGGCCAGAAGGUUCAAUUGCCGAGGCAUAUGUUGCUAAUGAAUGCCUGACAUUUUGCUCUAAGUACAUGGAUGAUGUUGAAACAAGAUUUAAUCGAGAACCAAGGAAUAAAGGGUUUUCUGAUGAAGAGGCCUAUGGUGUUGGUGUUUUUGGGCAUGGAGUUCAUUUUACUUCUGCAAAUGAACUUGUAUACGAUGAAAAUUCCUUUGAACAAAUGGUGUGCAUGUUCAGAGAUGAAUUAGAGACAACAGGGGUGCAUAACGUUGAAAGAAAAAUUCGGCUUGGCUUUCAGAAUUGGUUCAGGAACCAUAUCAUGAGGUUGCGGGAUACUCAUCAAGAAGAGGUAGAUGAUGGUCUCUUUUCAUUGGCAUGCGGCCCUGAUUUUAGAGUCAGAAAAUACUCCUCGUGCAUUGUGAAUGGUGUGCGCUUUAACACUAUUGACCGUGACAAGAAUAAGAAAACACAAAACAGUGGAGUAAUGACACAAGAGAUAAUUCAGUUAGAGUAUAAUUUUGAUGAGAGGACAGUAGUUUUGUUUAAAUGUGAGUGGUUUAAACUGGAUGGGAGGAGGACUGAACUUAAUUAUGAUGGCUUCUUUAAAAGCAUCAAUGUUGGAAGUCUAUGGUACAAGGACAAUUCUUUAAUAUUGGCCACUCAAGCUAGGAAGGUCUUCUAUUUGCCAGACACAAAACUGGGUGACAAUUGGCAAGUUGUCCAGACAUUCAACCAUAGGCAUCUAUACAAUGUAAGCGAAACCGAAUCUGCACAAUAUAAUGCUCCUGCAUAUCAAGAGGAUGAAUGUUGUGAGGAUGAGCAAAGGCAAGAACCACUAAUAGGCAUUGCACCUGAGAUGCCUUUGAAUAGAGAUGAUGAACAAGGCCUUAUUUUUGGGGUUGAUGAAAUUGCUCGGAUGCAGCUGAAGAAACCUCCAAUGUAG